AUGGGGGCUCAGUCCGCCCUCGUCGAGUCCUUCCAGUCCGCAGGGAUCCGCGCUCUCGAGCUGCUGGCGCUGCGCCAGCCCCCCCUCUCGGCGGUGCCCCAGUGCCCCGCUGUCUCGCUGGCGUGCCCGCCCGCGAACGUCACGUGCCCCGUCCAGGUCUGCCCAGCGCUGGCCUGCCCCACGCCAGCGUGCCCCGUGCCGCUGGUGAACCUCUCCUGCCCGCCUGCGGGAGUGGCGCUCGGGCCUGACGGGCUUGACGUGCCCUCGGCCUGCUGGGGCUACCUGGCGGGAUACGACUUGCCUGGACCGCCGGUGUAUCAUGAAAGGCUCGCGACGGGGGUCUCGAUCGGGGAUCCAGGGCUCGUCAGCACGUUCUCGCCUGAUGGAGACCACUAUGCAGAAUAUACGACGUCGGACGACCUCAGAGAUGCGCGGUGGUCGGGGACGCAGGGCGCGACCCCGCCCGGUGUCGACCCGGACCACGUCUACCGCUUCCGCCAGGUGCCGACGGCGGCGGAGAUCCAGCAGCUGAUCCGCGAGGGCUCGCUCCUCGUCGGGGGCGUGGCGCCGCCUGCUGCCGCUGCCCCCGCCGCCGCAGCGGCGCCCGCGGCGGGUCCUCCCGCGGCGGCCGCACCCCAGGAAGCCAUCGUGCCUCGCGGCGCUGGCGCGGUGGGAGGAGUCCCGCGCGCUGGGGCCGCGGCCGCCCCCGCAGCAGCUGGCACAGUGUGGCUGGCGAUCGAGGACUACCAGGGGAUGCGGCGCGGCGAGCAGAUGCCUGACCCGCUCCCGCAGGGCGCCGUCGUUCACGGUGACCUGGCGCUGGCGCCUCAUGCAGGGGGUUUCGUCGGAGCGCGCCAGGUGGCCAUGGCCGACGUGGACGCCUUCGUCGUGGACGACCUGCGCGCGCUGCCCGUGCGGUUCAACCAGCAGGGGGCGCGCCGCCGCCCAUGCAGCGAGGCCGUGGACAUGCAGAUCGUGGACGAGCCCGAGGGCGGCAUCAUGCUGCAGGGGCCGCGAACUACUGAUUGGGUGCUGCGGUCGUAUCGUGAUGCCGGGCUCACGCCAGCCACUCAUCAUUCGAACUGGCUGAGGUCGGCGCCCGACUCCGCCUACUUCUGCGCCAGCGUCUACGUCGACGAGGCGAAGGCUGGCUCACAGGCGGCAGACGGAGCACGACUCGCGACCGCCACCAUUUUGAACGAGGUCAGGAUGGCCCCGAAGUCUGACACUCACUUUUCUCGCCGUGGAGCCGCGAAGGAGCUCCUGGCCUCCAGCCUGUCCUACACCGCGGACGAGGCACCGAGUCCCGUGGUAAGGUACGUCAGAUCCCGAGUCGACAUCCCAGAAGAAGGUGCGGUCAUACAUCCUGUCGAGUCGGUGCUCGACGGGAUCGGGAGGAGCUACGUGCUGGACUACGAGCAAGCGAUGAUGAAGACUCCCGACGAGUGGCCCCGCGUCUUGGAUAGCGAGCCGCCCGUCACUCCCUACAUGGACGAAGUUUUGAAGCGUGACCCUGUGGCGUACAACACCUUCAUCGGCGACCUGCUACCUGAUGAUCGUGAGGAGGACGGCAGCCUCAGCACCAAGCUCUUCUGUGCCCAGGCUGAUGUGCGCAACUACUUCUACGCUCUCGGCCUGAGGGAGGAGCUGGGACUGUUCUUCUCGCUGCCGCCGGUGUCACAGGCUUCGUUGUCGCAAUGGGGGGUUGAGGCAGUGGACACUCCCGAGGGCCCCUCAGGGGGCUGGGUCUGGCCGUUCCUGCGGGUCGUGCCGAUGGGCUGGUCUUGGGCUUUCUGGCUUGGGCAGCGUGCGAAUGCGCACGUCUGCUGCUCUGCCUCGGGGCUCGGGUUCCCGCGGGUGCUGACCGAUCACGGUCCGGUGCCCCCGCUCGACGGGGGGGUCCCUUGCCUCUUACCCUAUUGCGAUAACAUCAACGUGAUCGGCACUGACCCUGACAAAUGCAAUGUCCUGAUGCACCAGAUCUGCGACGCCUGGAGGAAGCAUGGCGUGCAGAUCCACGAGGUGGUUGAGGCCACCGACGUCUUCACCAGCCUCGGCCGCCUGAUCGACGGCGCGUCUGGGCGAGUUUUCUCACGGCCCGAGCGCUCCGAGCGCCUCCGCCAGGCCUCACUGUGGCUAGAGCAGCGCCCUAGAGUCACGGGGAGGGAGGUGGAGAGGUAUGUGGGUCAUCUCAUUGAUCAUUUGAUGCUGAAGAGGGAGCUGCUCUCGAUCCUCAGGAGUUUGUAUGAUUUCGUCAGAGAUUGCUAUCACGUGCGAGCCCGUCUCUGGCCCUCAGCUGCCCGCGAAGUCGAGCAGUGCCGUCGCUUGCUGCCGCUGAUGUCUGCUAACCUUCGGCUUCAGUGGUCGCCGACUGUCUUCGCCUACGACGCUUGCCUGACGGGUAUGGCGACGUGCCAGACAACACUGUCAUCGGAUCUUGUCAAGCGCAUCGGGUCAGUCAGUGAGAGAUGGAGAUAUCGCAUGCCUUCGGCUAUCUCGGCACGCCGGUCAGCUCUGGGAGUCCGUUCUGGAUGCGACGAGGCCUCGGAGGGGCCGUUCGACGUCUUCAGCGACAUCGAGACCGUCAAGGCCCCCAGGAGUACCAGCAUGGACCUUGUCAAGGGCCCCUGGGAGCUCAACCCGCAGUUCGCAGAGGUGCCCGUCCAGGCUCUGCAUGGCCCCCAGUGGAAGCAGGUGGUCUCGGCCAGGGUUCACGUCAAGGAGCCCAUCACGAUUAUCGAGGGGAGGGCUUCGAACAUGACAUCACGUCAUAUCACGAGGGCACAGGCCUCCUUUGGUCUCCGUCAUCUGCGUUUCGGGGACAACCUCGGCACCGUGCUCGCGCUAGGCGCUGGGAUGCCAAGUCGGGAGGUAUCUCGCCUGCCCCGCGCGGUGGCCGUCAAGCGCCCGGCUGCCAGCCCCAAGAUUGUGCAGAAGAGCUUCCUGAAGGGCAGGCCGUUCGUUGGGGCGACGAAGGAGGAGAGGAUCGCUCACCGUCUGCGGGCCUCUGGGCCGUUCGCAAUGGUGGGGGAGGACGAGAGGAGCUUCCUGGAGUGGAACGCGGUGGCGCCCGAGACCCAGGCAUACUACAACGACGCCCUCGACGACUUCCAGACGUUCGUGGAUCUCUUCGGGCUGCCGCUGCGCACCGCUGCUCAGGUCGACCUGGCGCUGAUGAACUACGCCGAUUACGCCUGGAGCAUCGGGCUCGAGAGAGCCGCCGCCCUGAAAACAUAUGCCGCGUACAUCUCGGCGCACCCCGACUUUUCCCGAAAGGGGUCGCUCCGCCUGCCGCGUUUCUGUCGGGCCCUCCAGGGCUGGAAGCGCCUGGACCCAGGCCAGACGCGCCCGCCGAUGCCCUGGCAGGUGGUCGCGCUGGUCGCACUGGUGAUGGCCACGCAGCUGGGGUCCCCGCACGCGGCGCUCAUGGUGGUGACGAUGUUCUGGGUGUACUUCAGGCCCUCCGAGGCCGUCGGCCUGCGCGAGCAGGACCUCUUCCUCCCCUCGGGCUCGUGCACGGACUGCGGCUUCAACCUGCACCCCAGCGCGAGGGGCGAGUACAGCAAGACCAGCAUGUCGGACGAGAGCUUGCUCCUCGAUUCGGUCGAGGUGCCCUGGCUGGGCCCGCUGCUGGCGCGCGCGAGGUCGGGAGACCCGCAGGCGCCGCUGUUCCGUCUCACCGCCGCGCAGCUCGGCGCCCUGUGGCGCCAGUCGCUGGAGCGGGCCGGGGUGCCCACCAGGUGCGUGCCCUACCAGCUCCGCCACGGGGGCCCGUCGCACGAUCGCCUCAAGAGGUAUCGAUCCAUGGACGAGAUCAAGAGGCGCGGGCGGUGGGCCAGCGACUACACGAUGAAGCGCUACGAGGCCCAUGCGCCGGCGCAGCAGGAGCUCGCAGCACUCCCGGACGACGUCCGCCGCAGGGCCGAGGCGGCGCCCGCGAAGCUGCACGCCGAGCUCGAGAGGCUCCUGGCGAGGCCUUUCGUCGAGCUCAUGUGCGGCUCCGCCGCCUUUGCCAAGGCCGUCCACGCCGCCGGCUGGGCUUCGGAAGGCUGGGGCUACGCUGAUGACCCGCGAGCCGACCUUCUUGAUGAAUCCCUCAUCGACAGUCUGGUAUCGAGGAUCUCCCGGAAGGAGGUCGCGGGUGUGCAUGUUGGCCUGGACUGCAAAACGUGGAGCCGGGCAAGGAAGAAUGAUGGGCGGGGUCCGCCGCCACUCAGGGACGAUGCUAACGUGCACGGCCUCCCUCGGCUGGCGGCGGCGGACGCUGAGAAGGUUAGGAUCGCCAAUCGUCUGCUCGCUAAUGUUCUGCGCCUGCUGGCGGCUGCCGUCGAGGUUCGUAAGCACGCGCUCGUCCAGGUAAUUAAGGCGGGCACUAAGGAUGCGCUCUUAGCCAACGUCGGCUGGGAGUGCCGCAGCCUCAGCUACUCUCGGCCUGAUCUGGAUGCCAUCGCUAAGGUUUGUUCUGAUUUGUGGUCCUCGGGCAAAGCGUUUCAGGCCGGUUUGUUGGCCACGCACGCGGCGGGAGGCCUUGUCCCGCAGGCCGAGCUUUUCCAGGAUGCAAUCGCGAUGCUGGUCCAACGCGUCUUCAACGGCUCUCACCUCUGCGUGAGCGCCCAGGAGGUAUUCAUGGACGCUUGGGCGGAACCGAACGCCUCGCGAUGGUUCGUCGCGGAUUGGAGGCUCCUUGUAGCGAGUGGCGGUGCCAGCAUCGUGCGCGCGCGUUGGCAGGUGAUCCCGCUAUCUGAUUGA